UUCCUGCCCAGGCACCAGCAGCUGAGUGAGAGAGUUUUCAAAGACUGCAGCCUGGAUAAUCUCUCCAGCCCCGUGGCAGACAUUGCUGUGGAGUUACUGCAGAAAGUGGCUCCCAGUCCUAUCCGUAGACUCCAGAAGAAAUACGUGUCUCAUGUAUCUCGGGAAGCUUGCAUCUCACCCUGCUCCAUGAUGUUGGCACUGGUUUACAUUGAAAGACUCCGGCAUCGGAACCCUGAAUACCUCCAGCAGAUCUCAUCCUCUGACCUCUUCCUGAUCUCCAUGAUGGUUGCUAGUAAGUACCUGUACGAUGAAGGUGAGGAGGAGGAGGUGUUCAAUGACGAGUGGGGAGCAGCAGGGAAGGUGGACGUCCAGACCAUGAACACACUGGAGAUGAACUUCCUGAGUGCCAUUGACUGGAGUCUCUACACAGACCCUCGGGAGCUGUUUGAAGUGCUGAGCUGGCUGGAAGGACGUGUGGCAGAAAAACAGGGCAUGUGGCGCGGCUGGUUCACCUACACAGAUCUGUGUGUCCUCAUGGAGCAGUCCAUGUGGCAACAUGUGCUAGGCCAAUUCUACCAGCAAGUGAUGAAGCUGGCCUGCCUCCUGGGUGUGGUGUACCUGACCGGAUUUGCUGCCAUCUUCACCUCCAUCACUGUGGUGCACCGAUCCGUGUGCAUGAGGAGCAUUACCCCUGUAGCUUCCCGGCCGGCGCUGUUCCCUGAGCGGGGCAGGUGCCAGCUGGAUGCCCAGCCAGCCCCAGCCCCUGGCCAGCCCCAGCCCAAGCUGCCUGAUGUCUCUUCAGCCAGCAGCUCCCGUUGUCUGGGGGAGAAUGAGACGACUGAAGAGCCACGUCGUGGGGGCGUCACAGCGACUGCACUCUACCUGUGGGGCACUGUGAUGACGGCUCUGUCCUACCCAAAGGCGCCUGACCUAGCCCCACACAGGGGCCUCCCACAAGGUCCUCUCCGGAAAGUCCCCACUGCUUGUGAGAGAUCUAACCGUACCGCCCCCGACACAGCCCCCAGACAGCCUGGCCCCUUCGGACUCGACGUGCUCCCAGCUCCUCCAGCUCUCCACUGCCAUGCUUGCUCAGCUGACACGGGCCCCAGAUGGGAUGCAGCGCCCAGCCGUGAGGACUGGCUGGACCCGGACCCUCUGGGGCUGAAGCAGUGCUUCUUGCACACUGCUAUGGAUCUGAGUAGAAUCAAGAGCUUCAUAUUUCCCAGCUAG